GGCCGGGGGUGCCCUCGCGUCCACGGCCCGGGCUUCCGGCUUCCCCUCAGCGCGCCUGGGCGUGCUCGGGUGGCCCGGAGACUCCCUUGGGUCGAGGUCCUGAGUGUGAAACGGUUCCUCCCGGAUGUUGCUCUGUACCUGCUGUGGCGCGCGGUUGCACCGAACAGCGUGAGCGUUCGCACAGGAGCGGCGUCCUCCUGCGAGGGCGCUCUGGGCGGGCUGGGCCGGCACCGGGUUUUGUGUUACCAGUGCCCAGAAGCUUGGUUUUCAACCCGGCCGGGACGGAUGGCAUAGCUCUCCAACAGACUUAGCUGUGGGUAUGCUUCUUUGAUGAUCAGGUGGUUGGUUCUGCCCCUUGACACCCUGCUUUCAUACUCCACUCCUCCCAUCUGAGAGAUCUGUGACCUUGGUUUGCCUUUUGCUAAGGAGCCAUGAUACGUUCGAGGCUUUUCGCAGCGAGAUCCUGGCCGGUGUUGGAGGGCGUGGGGUGCUGGACACCAUUGGCACGAGUGUUUCCCAGGCCCGGGCGGCUCCUUCCCCAGCACGCGUCUCCCAGGCUGCUCUCGGUCAGCUGUGCGGACUGCAGCAAGCACCAGGAACCCCCCAGGAAGAAGCUGCUCUCGGAGAAAAAACUGAAAAGGCAUUUUGUGGACCAUCGCCGAGUGCUUGUCCGAGGGGGACGCGGAGGUGAUGGGGUGAGCUGCUUCCACAGUGAGCCACGGAAGGAGUUUGGAGGCCCCGAUGGUGGCGACGGAGGCUACGGCGGCCACGUCAUCCUGAGAGUUGACCGGCAAGUCAAGUCCCUGUCCUCAGUCCUGUCUCAGUACCAGGGCUUUGACGGAGGAGCCGGCGGCAGGAAGAACUGCUUUGGGCGAAGCGGCGCUGUCCUCUACAUCCAGGUCCCCGUGGGCACUUUGGUGAAGGAGGGAAACGAAGUCCUGGCUGACCUCUCGCACCCGGGUGAUGAGUUCAUUGCAGCACUAGGCGGGGCAGGCGGGAAGGGCAACCGCUUUUUCCUGGCCAACAGCAACCGAGCGCCCACGACUUGUACCCCCGGACAGCCGGGUCAGGAGCGGGUCCUCUUCCUGGAGCUCAAAACGGUGGCACACGCUGGGCUGGUCGGAUUCCCCAACGCGGGGAAAUCCUCGCUUCUCCGGGCCAUUUCCAACGCAAGGCCCACUGUGGCCUCCUACCCAUUCACCACCCUGAACCCGCAUGUGGGGGUUGUUCACUGCGAGGACCACCAGCAAAUAGCAGUGGCUGACAUCCCGGGCAUUGUCCGCGGAGCCCACCGGAACCGGGGCCUGGGCUUGGCCUUCCUGAGGCACAUCGAGCGCUGCCCCUUCCUCCUGUUCGUGCUGGACCUCUCGGUGCCAGAGCCGUGGACGCAGCUGGAUGACCUGAAGUACGAGCUAGAACAGUACAGGGAAGGCCUGUCCGAGAGACCCCAUGCCGUCGUGGCGAACAAGGUCGACCUCCCUCAGGCCAGAGCCCAGCUGCCCCGGCUGCAGGCCCGCCUAGGCCAAGAGGCCAUCGCCCUGUCAGCGGCCACUGGGGAGAACCUGGAGGGGCUGCUGCUACGUCUGAAGGAGCUGCACGAUGACCACGUGGCCGCGGAGCUGGAGCGGGGCCGCCAGCCUCUCCGGUGGUAGCGGAGGUGGUAGGCCGGGAGGUGGCAUGGGCAGUGCCCAGGCAGGCUGACUGUGACCGGAGAUGAGGAAGGAGCCCCAAAGAAUCAGAGGCCUUGGUGCAGCGGCCUCCCCACCAGCUCAGGGCUCCCCACCAAUGCGCCCCCCUGCCCUGGGCCUGGGACCUUGGGGCGGUGGACGCUCACGCACCCGCCCGUCUGUUCCCGGUGCUUCCCGCACCCGCCUGCAUGCGACUGACGUGCUACGAUGGGCUCGUCUGUGUUAAUUGGCCCCUGAUUAGCAGGGACCACACUCUGCCUGACGUCGCCAAAUGCUGCCAAGUGCACACGGUGGGUGGGAGCCGGUGUUCCCUGCUGACCCUUGGGUGGCGGCAGCUGUCGCAGAGGUGGGCCCUUGAUUCCACGGCUGUCAACGCGCCCCGUGAGCGCAGUUUGGCGGGGAUGCUCUGCUGCGCGAGGGCCGGGGGAGGGAAAGCAUUUGCAGGUGCAAUCCUCAGAUGCCGCCGUCUGAGGGAAGCAGUGAGGGUGACACCCGCCCUGUUGUCCCAGACGGCGCUGUGCUCUUUGGCAGCCGAGCUUCACGACUGCUCCCAGUAUCCGACCCAGGGACGUGUGGCUUCUGACCCACUUAGUACACGCGAACGGGUUAUUAACUGCGGACUGUAGGUGGGGCAUGGCAGCGCCGUCCCCCAGGGUAGCCAGUGUCUCAGGUUUGUGCUUCUAGGUGUUGAUGGGAGCCGUGCCCGCGCCCCCAGCGUCCCCUGACUGCAGGUGCCCCGUGAGGAUGGCGCAGCUGCUCCUAGCCUGCUCAUCCGGCAAAAUGGCCUGGAACUUUUGUUCCCCCCAAAUAAAGUCUGAUGCAUCUGAUGUGUC